AUGUCAGCUCACUGGUCACGGCCGAAGGUGCCAAAUGAGGUUUUGGAAGAUAAAUCUAUGGAUUUGGCCUUUCAAAUGAUUGAUGUGGAUUAUAUUCAAGGUAAUUCUGUUUUUUUGAAGUGUAUUAUUUUGGUUUUUAGAAGAGGAAGGUGUGAGAAUUCGACUUUUUGGAACAACUACCGAUGGUCAGUCAAUUUGUUUGUCGGCCAAGACGUAUGUGCCCUAUUUUUACAUGGAAGCCCCAAAGAAUCACAAGACGUCCAAUCUGAGUAUCUACGUGAACGCAUUGAACGAAAGGUUAAUGGCAAGUUGCUUUUAAUUUUGGUUUUUUCUUUGUUCUUGACAUCUGCCGAUGCCUUGAUCGAAAAUUUGUUGGGUCUUCUGAUGUUGGAAUUUUUUGCAGCAAUUAGGCGAAUCACAACGUCGCCAAUACGCUCCUGCUGGUGUGACAAAGUUUGUUUUGAGUGUGGAAGAAGUCAGAGGAAAGAACUUGAUGCAUUUCCAAAAAGAAGAUCAGACCUUGUUGAAGAUCAAUGUGAUUAGUCCGAAGGUUAUUACUGCUUGUAAGUUUUCUUUUGAUAUUGUUUCUUAUGAUUUUAGAUCCGUAAUUAUGUGGGUUAUUUCAAUUUGAAGCACGAACUAGAAGUUUUGCUAUCAAUUUAUAUUGUUCUAGGUCGAUCGGCCUUUUGUCAAGCAACGAAUUCAAGUUUAACCUGUUUCGAAGCCAACAUUGACUUUGAAACCCGAUUUAUGGCGGAUCUGAAUAUGGUUGGCUGCUGUUGGAUUCAAGUUCUGGCCAAGAAAUAUAGAAUUGUUCACCUCAGCAAGAAAGAGACCUUAUGUCAAAUUGAGGCAAGUUCAAGCUAAAAUGCACGUUUUUCAUUGUAAAAUACGACUUGACCAGCUUUAAUCCUUAAUUUUCAGGCAGCCACAUCAAUUGAAAACAUGAUUGUUCAUCCGCCAGAGGAUCCAUGGGAUGGAAUUGCUCCACUAAGAACAAUGUCUUUUGAUAUUGAAGUUGCUGGUCGUCCCGGGAUUUUUCCUGAAGCGAAACAAGAUCCAGUGAUCCAAAUUGCCUGUGUCUCUAAAGCCGAGGGAGCUGCAGAGCCUUUUUCGAGGAUUUGUUUUGUUCUUGGAGGUUGUAAUCCUGUGAAAGGAAGGGAAAUUGUUAGUUGUAAAACCGAGGAAGAGCUGUUGAAAAAGUAAGUUUUGGAGUAUAAAUUUUCUUUUCCGAACCUCUAAGCAAUUAAAAAUGCGGAUAAGCUUGAUCUAUGACCUUAUUUUAGGUUUUCGGACUACUUCCGGACGGUGGAUCCGGAUAUUGUGACCGGUUACAACGUUCAAAACUUUGACAUUCCGUAUGUUUUGGACCGGGCGAAGAUAUUGAAGGUCGAACAAUAUGUGUCAAAGUUUGGAAGAGUCCGGGAUCAGAUCUCAAAAGUUCGCGAAGCAACUCUGUCGUCAGCUCAAAUGGGGACAAGAACUAAUAAAAUUACAACGAUUGAUGGGAGAAUCGUCUUUGAUGUUUUCCAGGUGAGCAGAACAUGUUGCCACGGGAUUGUGGUUAGCAUUUGAGGGGGUUUUGUCGUUUUAUUGAGGUUCAAAUGAGAUUUUUUUACAUCUGGAGGCAAGUACAAUAUAAAAUUUGUCGAUUUUUUUGGGUUAUUGAUAAUUUAUUGACAGGAAUGGUCGAGCUAUUGAAGAUGAUGUAAUUUCAAGCCUUUUUCCAGGUGAUUCAACGGGAAUACAAGCUCCGGAGUUACACCUUGAACAAUGUGAGCUAUCACUUUCUAGGCGAACAAAAGGAAGAUGUCGCCCAUCAGAUGAUCACCGGACUUUUUGUGAGUUAUUUUCCUUCCAUUUUCUGUGUUUAGCCGCAAUGUCGAGAAAAUACAGCCAUCCUGCGACGAGAUAUUACCGUAUAUUACUUUAGAACGGCUCAGAUCAAGAUCGUCGAAGACUGGCGGUGUAUUGCUUGAAAGACGCAGAUCUGCCUCUGAGGUUGAUGGAGAAGCUCAUGUUGAUCAUUAAUUACAUUGAAAUGGCCAGAGUAACCGGGGUGCCGAUCAACUUUUUGAUCGAAAGAGGUCAACAAGUCAAAAUUUUGUCGCAACUUCUGAGAAAGGUGAGAAGUUGGCUGUUCUAGGACGUAAAUAAUAAAUUAGAGGGUAAAAUACGUUAUUACAACUCAUUAUAUUUGGAAAGAUGUAGAUACACACGCCGUUUACAUGGAAAAAAUGACGUGUUACUGGUCUUUCCUAGAGAAAAAUUGGCAAAUUCGAUAAUCAUAAUAGAGAAAAUGGAAGUCUAUUGUGGACAGAAAAUUUGCUACACUGCUAUGAAGCUAAAAGAUGAGAAGUUUUUUGUUUGCGGAAUAAAAUAUUACAAGGAAAAUACUUCUAUAAAACUUGAAGGACCUAAAUAACGUUAUCACCUCAAACUUCGGUCCAAAAUUUACCGAAACAUCCAAUUUUAUUAGAAAAUUGACAAAACUCACAUGGAUAAUAUAAUUUUUUACAAGGAAAGUACUUCUAUGGGGUAUGGAGUUACAGGUCGAGACAUGUAUCAAAACAUCGCAAAAUUUUUCUGAUUUAGAAUAUGUAAAAAUUAGCUGCCCAAUUUUGGCUUGUAAGGGUGAAAAAAUCUUCAGAAUUUUCCUCCAACACCACGCAGAUGCCUUUUUGACCAAGUUUUUACCAAUUCAGAAGGUAUUUGUUUGGAGCUAAAGUAAAUCCUGACAUCUUUGAUAAGCCUUGAAAUUUCAAAUUUGAUUCGGGUAGUGUUAAUCAAAUUUGAUAUUUCAAGGCUUGUCAACAUGUCAGGAUUUACUUUAGCCCAAAACAAAGCUUUUGAUUUGGUAAAAACUUGGCCAAAAGGGCAUUUGCGUGGUGUUGCGAGAGAAGUUCAGAGGAUUUUUUCACCCUUACAAGCCAAAAUUGGGCAGCUAUUUUUUUACAUAUUCUGAAUCAGAAAAGUUUUGCGAUUUUUUUGAUAUAUGUCUCAACCUGUAACUCCAUACCCCAUUGAAGUGCUUUCCUUGUAAAAAAAAUAUAUUAUCCAUGUGAGUUUUGUCAAUUUUCUAAUAAAAUCGGAUGUUUUUGGUAAAUUUUGGACGGAAGUUUGAGGUGAUAACGUUAUAUAGGCCCUUCAAAUUUAAUUAAACCUACUUUUCAGACCAAAACAACCGGUUAUUUUAUCCCCGUGAUCGAUAAAUCCGGCGGCGGCGAUGACGCCGGCUACAAAGGAGCCACUGUCCUCGACCCAAUCGAAGGAUUCUACAAUCAGCCAAUCGCCACGCUCGACUUUGCCUCCCUGUAUCCGUCGAUUAUGAUCGCGCACAACCUGUGCUAUUCCACGCUAAUUCAAAAACCCAUCCCGGCCGACUUUAAGAUUGAUGAAGAUUAUAUAGUCUCCCCGACGAACAAUAUGUUUGUCACAAAGAAACAGUGCAAAGGAUUGCUGCCAAUGAUCCUGGAGGACCUGUUGGGAGCAAGGAAGAAGGCCAAAAAGGACCUGAAGGAAGCGACGGACCCGUUGAAGUAAGAAGAAGGUGAUUUGGAAGGAGAAUUUUUUUUGAUUUUUUUUGGGAAAUGGAAAUUAUUGUGUGAUAUUGGAGGCUUUGAGAGGUAAAAUACGAGCUUUUGAACUUUUUGCCGGUGAUUUCUUUUAUAGAUUGUUAUAAAAAUUUUAAAAAAAUGAUUUCUCUUUGACCAUGUGUAAUGUGUAAAAUCAAAAAAUCUCGGCUGUGAAUGGAAAACGAGAGUAAAUUUUUUUAGUAAUUGAUACAUGGACUAUCUACAGUAUUUGGGCGGGGUUUAGAGAAAAUUGAGAAAUUUAAAAAAAUCGAGAUUUUUUUGGUUAAAGUACCUAAAAUAAGGUAAUUUUAGUAAAAAAAAAUCUUUGGUUUUGGACAAGAAAUGGUCUGUUUGCAAUGAAAAAUGAUGUGUUGUCGGAAAAGCCAAUUUUAUUUUUGCAAUUUUGUCGGAAAAGCCAAUUUUAUUUUUUGCAAUUUUAGGAAAAUGGUCCUGAACGGACGUCAGCUGGCUCUGAAAAUUUCGGCCAACUCAGUUUACGGAUUCACCGGAGCGACGAACGGAAAACUUCCAUGUGUCGAGAUCUCACAAUCGGUGACGUCAUUUGGCCGACAGAUGAUCGACACCACCAAGGAUGCGGUGGAAGGUAAAAUAGGAAAUUUUUUAAGCCGACUUUUGUGAUUUGUGGAAAAAUUGACGUCAAAUUUUAGCUUGGAUUACUGUUAUUUUUUAAUUUUUUUUUACUUUUUGUUGUUUUUUUGGAGGUAAUUUUGUAUUGAGUUUUUCUCUUUUUUUUUGAUUUUUAUUUUUUUUUACAAGGAAAGUACUUCUAUGGGGUGUGGAGUUACAGGUCGAGAUAUAUAUCAAAAAAUUCGCAAAAAUUUUUCUGAUUUAGAAUAUGUAAAAAUUAGCUGCCCAAUUUUGGCUUGUAAGGGUGAAAUUUUGCCACACUAGAACCCAUUUUUUACAUUGGAACUACUUCUAAGGUGUAGUUGUAAUCUAAUUUGAUAUUUUAAGGCUUGUCAAGGCCUCAGAAUUUAUUUUAGCACAAAACAAAAAUUUUUUAUUGGUAAAAACACGGUCAAAAAGACACUUGCAUGGUGUCGCGAGAAAACUUCUGAGGACAAAAACAUGUCAUCAGACCAAAAUUAGGCAGCUAAUUUUUAUAUAUUCUGAAUCAGAAAAUUUUUGCGAAUUUUUUGAUAUAUAUCUCGACCUGUAACUCCACACCCCAUAGAAGUACUUUCCUUGUUAGAAAUUUACAAAAAGGGAGAAUAUGGAGCCCCGGCGAACGCUCAAGUCAUUUACGGAGACACGGACUCAGUUAUGGUCGAAUUUGGCUGCACCGAGAUUGCUGAAGCUAUGAGGCUUGGACAACAUGCGGCAGAACUGAUCUCUAAAAAAUUUCCAAGCCCGAUCAAGCUUGAAUUUGAAAAAGUAAAACUCCAUUUUAUCUGUACAAUAUUUCAUAAGGAAAGUGCUUCGAUGGGGUAUGAAGUUACAGGUCAUGACAUGUAUCAAAAAAUUGCAAAAUUUUUCUGAUUUAGAAUAUGUAAAAAUUAGCUGCCCAAUUUUGACUUGUAAGGGCGAAAAACCCUUCUGAACUUUUCUCGCAACACCACGCAAAUGCCUUUUUGACCAAGCUUUUACCAAAUCAGAAGCUUUGUUUGAAGCUAAAGUAAAUCCUGGCAUCCUGACAAGUCUUAAAAUAUCAAAUUUGAUUAAUACUACGUAAAUGCCUCUUUAUUACGUUGGAUCUACUAAUUAAGUUGUAGUAUUAAUCAAAUUUGAUAUUUUAAGACUUGUCAAGAUGUCUGGGUUUACUUUAGCUCCAAAGAAAGCUUCUGAAUUGGUAAAAACUUGGCCAAAAAGACAGGCAUUUGCGUGGUGUUGCGAGAAAAGUUCUGAAGGGGUUUUCGCCCUCACAAACCAAAAUUGGGCAGCUGAUUUUUACAUAUUCUGAAUCAGAAAAAUUUUGCGAUUUCUUUGAUACAUGUCUCGACCUGUAACUCCGUAUCCCAUAGAAGUAUUUUCCAUGUUAAGUUUUUUUUGUAUUUGUUUGAAUUUUUGGCCUUAUUUUAGGUAUAUUGCCCAUAUUUGUUGAUGAACAAGAAACGCUACGUCGGCCUCUACUACACUCGACCAGACAAGUACGACAAAAUUGACGCGAAAGGCUUGGAAAAUGUCCGGAGAGACAACUGCCAAUUGGUCGGAAAAGUGAUGAAUACAGUGUUGGAUCUGCUGCUGGUGAAACGGUAAGGAAGUUAGACGCUUUUGAAGAGGUUUUAUUGCUGUUGAGAAUGUUUGUUGAGGUUUUUUGGCAGAAGAAUGAAAAUUUUUAUAUUACACAUGAUGAAUUGGUAAAAAAAUGUGAAAUUUUGGUUUUGAAUACGGUAAUUCGAUGUGCCGAAUUUUUCAGAGACCCGGAAGCCGCCAUGGACCACGCGAAACGAGUGAUUUCGGACUUGCUUUGCAACAGAAUUGAUCUUGGACUUUUGAUUAUUACCAAAGAGUUUACAAAAACCGGAGAAGUAAGUUAUUUUCAGGAAAAAAUGCGGUCGGAAACGACUGGAAUUGUGUUUUUCAUCGGCUUAUUUUUCCUUUCAAUUGCUGUUUCAACUUUUUUUUGGCAUUUCUUUAUAUUGAUUUAGACUCUUUUUCUUCGGAGUUGGAUGAUUGGGGAAACCAAAAAGUAUUAUUUUUCGUCGAUGCAAGUGUCGAAAUUAGGAUAAUCGAGGGUGAUGAUUUCGAAAAUGGCAUUCAAUUUUUUUUUGAUUUUCACUUUUUUCCUUGAGUAGUGCAGUGGCGGACCUGAUCCAUAUUGGCCAAAAACGUACCAUUUUGCAUCCGGGAAGUAUCAAAAAUGCAAGAAAAUACCUCCCUCUCCAAGUGAAAAAAACAACGAUUUCAAAAGCGCCCUUUUUGUGAGGGAAAGGGCGCUUUUUUGGUUGGAAAGGGAGGCCUUUUGCCACAUUUUUAAUACUUCCCGGAUGCAAAAUGAUACGUUUUUUGCCACUGGAUCAGGUCCCUCACUGUACUGUAAAGUAUUCAUUUUUUGAUUUUUUUUUCACAAAUACCACUCGAUUUGGGGGGUUUCGAUGGUGCUGAUUUCGAAAAUGUUUUUCAUUUUUUUUUCUGAUUUGAAAGCAGCACCAUCGAAAACCCCAAAUCGAGUAUCCAUGAAAAAAUUUCAAAAAAUUACUACUUUACAGUACUACUCAAGGAAAAAAGUAGAGAUUUUAAAAAAUGAAUGUCAUUUUCGAAAUCAGCACCCUCGACUAUCCUAAUUUCGACACUUGCAUCGAAGAAAAAUAAUACUUUUCGGUUUCCCCAAUCGUCCAACUCCGAAAUAAAGAAAAAGAGUCUAAAUCAACAUAAAAAAAUGCCAAACAAAAAUUUAGACAGCAAUCGGAAGACAAAAUAAGCCGAUAAAACAUGAUUCCGGUCCUUUCCGACCGCAUUUUUUCCCAAUGUCCUAAUUCGACACUUGCAUUGAAGAAAAAUAAUACUUUUCGGUUUCCCCAAUCGGCCUUUUCCCCAAUCUCCCAGUUCCUCUUCAUUUUUGACCAACCUUUUCCAGAAAUCCAACAACAGAUCGGCCCACGUCACCCUGGCCGAACGAAUGCGCCAAAGAGACCCGGGAUCGGCCCCCAAACUCGGCGACAGAAUCCCAUAUGUGAUUGUGGACAAGGGAAAAAAGGUGGCGGCCUACGAAAAAGCCGAGGACCCCAGAUACGUUUUGGAAAAUAAAAUCCCAAUUGAUGCCACAUACUACCUGGAAAAUCAAUUGCUAAACCCAUUAUGCAGAGUGUUGGACCCCAUCACGAAUAAUAAAGCCAAGGAAAUCUUGUUGAGUGAGUUUGAUGGGAUUAAAAAAGAGAUUUUUAUAUUGUAGUAGGUGAGGAGAUGGAUUUUGAGGGAUUUUUUGUUUUUUUUUUGCAUCUGAAAGUGAAGUUUAUUAGUUGAAAAUGUCAUAAAAAUUAGUUGGAAAAUAGUUUUGGCAUGUUUUACUCGAGUUUACAGACAAAAAUUUUUUAUAUUGUACUGGGUAUGGAGUUGAAGUUUGAGUAGUUUUGAGGGUUUCUUUGGUCUGAAAAUUCAGCCUCCUGAUUCUUAAGAGAGCUACAUGGCAUUUGGAUGUAAUUUUAAUCCUUUUCCGACCGUUUUACCAUUACUUUUAUAUUAUAGUAGGUCUGGAGAUGAUUCGAAAUUUAGAGUAUUUUUUCGAAUUGCAGAAGGCGACCACGCCCGAGUCAAAGCCCAUGCCAUCUCCAAGGGUGGAAUUGGGAUGUUCUUCAAGAAGGUUGAGACCUGCGUCUCGUGCAAGGCCAGCAUCCCAACCCCAACGCCGGGAAUGCCCCUUUGCAAACAUUGUGAGCCGAAAAUCGGCAACAUCUACACGGAAAAGAUUAGUCAGCUGAAAAUAGCCGAACACAAGUUUGCCCGACUGUGGACGGAGUGCCAAAACUGUGCGGGCGACUUCACGAAUGAAGUGGUUUGUGUGAGUUCGGACUGCCCCAUUUUCUGGCUGAGGGAGAAGGCGAGGACAGAUCUGGCUGAAAAACGAGAAAUUGUCCAGAAAUUUGAUGAUAAAUAG